AUGACCAUGGACCCUCUUGAACAUGUUCUUGUGAACCUUUUGGGAGCGACGACAUCGGAUUCGUCGUACCGUCGGUUCUUUGAAGAGUACGGUAUUACUCAGGCCAGCGAGUUGGCCUCAAUCACCGAAAAUCGUCUUGCAACGGUGUCAUAUGGUGUUUUGACUCCUUCUGUGGGAGAUACCCCUGCCACCAUUGUUUGUAUGUUUCUUCCGCCUGCCCAGCAGGAUCGGAUCUUGAAGAUUGUCAAAUGGUUCCUCUCGAAAGGUACCAAUGUGACAAACAAAACCUGGCUUGAACUUACCCCUGAAGUCCUUGAGUAUUGGCAACCAGCCUCUGCUAUUGUUGCCCCUGCUACCCCUGUUGGAUCAGACGCUCGGAGUUCCUCUGUCAAAAGUGCUGCCGCAAAGUUUCGGAAGACAAUCAAGAACCACUUCGUUCCGUACCCAAAGUUCAGUGAAGACCGUUUUUGGGUCACUUGGAAUACAAAUAUUCGUAUCAAGCUCCGUGUCCAUGGCGUCCAGUUGGUUCUUGACCCGGAUUAUUUGCCCGAGACCGUCGACGAGACGGAUACAUUUGUCGAAAUGCAGAACUUUGCUUUUGGCGUGUUCAACAAUAUAUUGUUGACCCCUCGUGCGCAUGGAAUCCUCCACAAGCAUGUGGAUGAAUUGGAUGCUCAGGCUGUUUACCGCGACCUUGUUGCCUCGUACGGUAAAGGUAUCAAUGCGCAGAUCACUGCCACAUCCAUUGAAACAAAGCUCACUUUGUAUUCAUUCGCGACUUCAAAGAGCAAGACCUGUGUUGCCUUUUUGACGACCUGGCGCAAUUUGAUUUACGAUCUUGAACGGAUUAACGAGUUCCCCUUGCCGGAUCACCAGAAGAGCGUACAACUCAAGUCAGCUGUCCGUUCCCAUCCGCAAUUGAAACUUUUCCUCGGAAAUGUUCAGCUUUACUCUCGUACCCAUGUGGGUAUGAGUGCCAACGAUUCCAAUUUUGAGUAUGAUUAUGAUUUGAUGCUCAAACAUGCGACUGAUAUUGAUCAAACCGAUUUGGAAGACCGCGGUAAACACCGCAGUGGCCGCUCAGCAAACAAUGCGAAGUCUCAGUCUUCUUCCAAGAAGAAAACUAACAAACCAAUUGGUAAGAAGCACAAGAAUUAUGUGCCUCCUGAAAAGUGGAAUGCUCUCUCUCCCGAAGAGAAGCGGACCAUUAUGGACCAACAAGGACCUCGCCCUGUUCCACCUCCUGCCCCUGCCUUAUUGGUGAACGCCGCUGCCACUCAGCCUCCUCCUAUGGUGUAUGUCAGCGACUCGAUGGCUGUUGACAACCAAAGCCUUGCUUCGACUCACGUCCCGCCUGCUGCCGGACCUGGUCAACUGCUUCGUUCGCUCAUUUCGAAUUCAGCUGCCCGCCAGCACCCUGCUCCAUGGAACGGAGCCACGUCUGACUCUUUUUCGGUCAAUGGGACCACCUAUUGCCGCGAAGUGAACCAUGCUUCUGUGCAGUACCGUCUUUCCACUCACGAUGUUUCGUUGAAUAAGGACUCUUUGAUCGAUGGUGGUGCCAACGGUGGACUUAGCGGCUCCGACGUAACCGUUAUUUUGCAAUCCCUGUUGGAGGCAACUGUCUCUGGAAUUGGAAAUUCGGAAUUGACCAACCUCUGUUUGUCAACGGUGGCCGGACUCAUCCACACGACGGAUGGCCCCAUUUUUGGUGUGUUUCACCAGUAUGCUCAUCUUGGUACUGGUAAUACCAUUCAUUUGUGCAACCAAAUGCGCUCCUGGGGAGUCACUGUUGACGACGUCCCUCGUACUUUUGGUGGCAAACAGCGUAUCAUCACGUCCGAUGGUCGUUUUGUCAUCCCGCUUUCGGUUUCUGGCGGACUCACUUACUUGUCUAUGCAGGCUCCUACCGAGGAGGACCUGGACUACUUCGAAUGGGUGCCUUUUACUGCUGACAACGAGUGGGACCCAACUGGUGUCUCUUCUCCUGCCGCUGCCGACGAUGACCUCAGUUUGCAGCUUCCUGCCGGCCAUGUCCCGUUCCGUGAUGAACGCAUCAAUAACUUUGGUCUCCUUGCGCAUUCCGCGGCUGUCAGUUGA